AUGAGCAGCGUACGACGGGGUCAGAAGACUGCAGACAAUGCUGCCGACAAGCACGCACCUCGCAAAGCUGAGGCACCAGAACCAGUUUCCGAGCACGUAAAGGGCGGCGAGUGCAACCAGCUGCAGUGUCUUGUGUCGCUGACGUUCAAGUUCGCGUUGGCGUUCAAGCUCACGCUGACGCUCAAGCUCGCGCUGCCGUUCAAGCUCACGCUUCCGUUCAAGCUCGCAACCGAGGGCGCCGAUGGCACCAGCGACCGCGAACAUGGUACCGAGGUUGUCGACUGCCGUAUUGUGACCUGCAUCCGAUUCGGAGCGUCGACAACUACCGUCUCGACCGACGUUGUCGGACGCAACACCGCAGCGCCGCGCCAUUGA